CCUCUCCAGGCAACGAAAACCUACAGUUUCGAUCCAAUAACAUCUUCCCAAGUCUGUAUCAAUUCAUCUGAACCUUUAACUCUUUCAUAAACCCUACAAUUCUACAAUUCAUCUGUACCUUUAAUAGCAGCAUGUGAAAUCUCUUGUAACCCUACAAUUCUACGACUAACCCUUCUUCUCAAUUCACGAACUAGUUCAUAAACCCCUCUCACAGAAUCAAGAUUUAAUAACAAACAUGUUAAAGCUUUAGUUUCUCUUUUUCGUUAAUUCGAAUUUCAGCAACUGUUUCUUGUUGUUGAAUUUGGGUUUUUAAUUCAUCCGCUUCUUCAUGUACUAAACCUAAUCCUCUCAAGUUCCUAUCUACUUAGCUACAUAUUUUUCAUGGGCAAGCAAUUUGCAUCAAGAUCAGUAUCAACGAAGGCAGCAGAUGAGAGAAGUGAAAGACAACUUCCACCGAUUCCAAUGGCAGCACCUUGGCUUGUUUUCCCUCAUGGAAAAGGUAGGAAAUUUCAGAAUUUCUAUAAUCCUUGUGAACCCAGCAAUAGAAAUUGCAUAAAAUCUAUACCAGAGAUACAAGGAAGAGCAUGUUAUCACAAACCAAUUCAUCAAGGUUGGCUAAUUGUUAUUGGAAAUGUAGUAGAUAAGGCUGAGUAUUCUGUGGCUAAUUCAAAUUUAGAUGAUUGUUACUUGUGGAACCCUGUAUCAUUGGAAAUUAUUGGAUUACCUGACAUUGAUAGACAGUCUUUGAAUACCAAAUUGAAACAAUAUUUUUUGUUCGACUUGGUGUUAUCACCACCUACGAGUACUAGUGUUUCUGAUCCUGACAACCUAGACUGCAUGGUAUACCUACUUUUUAAACGGGUAAACUAUCGAUAAAAUUCUGAGGAUAUGCACGUACUAGCAUUUUGUCGACCUGGAGACAAACAAUGGAGAACAAAGCUGUUGUCUGUUACUACUCCUGGCCAUGAUCCUUUUAGACUAUCUAUUGAGUCGCUGCUUUGCUUUAGAGGCGAGCUAUACGCAUUCUGUGAGGGAGACUUUAAAAUAAAUUGGGUUAUAAAUAUUGAAAUACAAAAACUGUGGCAGCAUGUUGUCGAUAAUAAACAAACCCAAAAUAUUAGAGUAAUCAAGAUUGAGCACGAAGAUUUCCCAUGGAUUGGAGGAGGUGAAUUAUUCGGUCGUUACAUGGAACACUGGGUGGAAUCUGGUGAUGAAGUCUUCAAAGUUCGUUUGAAUUGCAGUCCAAGAGACUUUAAAAAAGUUGCCUCGACACAUAUCUUCAAGUUGGAUUUCUCAUCAAUGACUUGGGUUUUGUUGAAGUCAUUAGAUGAUCAUGUUCUCUUUUUGUGCAUAAACAUGGACACAUUAGACUCUAGAAAGUGUUAUUCCACUACCACGGCGUGUUGCUCUGCGGCUGACAUGGGUCUUGAAAGGGGUUGUUUGUUUUAUACACUACUCGAAGACCAAACGUUGUACACAUUUGAAGUAGAAGACAAUGCUACUACAGUUAUCAUGCCGUGUUUGAAGCUUCCAACUCCAUGGUUUCUGCCCACUUGGAUAAUGAUGCCUACAACAGUAAACAGGCACCUUGCUGGAAGAAGGAGAAGAAUAACCCAUCUUCUAGUAAGCCAGGAUCCAACUGCAACCAGUAUAGAUAAGGAGAACAUGAUCAGGUUGUCUAAUAGUGGAGGAGAAUUUGAAGCGUUAAAACAGUUGCAUUUUCUUAAUGGUUUUGACAUUUCAGAGGCAGUGGCAAAGUUUCUCCAUGCAGUGGAUUACAAUCAUUUUCGUUUAGCCUGCAAACAAAAUUCUAUAGUUCUCCCCGCAUUGAACCGAAAGUCGGCUAUUACAAGGACCAUGUCAACUACAUGUUUAUCUUCAUGGCUGAUUUCUAUCUUUGAAGAUGAUGAAGAGACCAUUUGCGACAUUGUAGAUCCGAUGCAUAGUAAUGACAAGUACCUCAUGAAAUUAUCUAAUCAAUUGCUUGUAGGUGCUAGAAUCGGUUUUUCAAAAGAUGGGUGGCUUCUAUUAUCUAACGGGAAAAAAACUGUAUUCUGCUACAAUCCUUUCACAAGAGCAGUGAUCCGCCUUCCAGAUUUACCUGAUCAUUAUGUACUUGGUGGAAUGUCAUUCUCGUCGGUACUAACUUCUUGUGAUUGUGUGGUGAUUGUCAUCUCUAAUUGGUGGGAAUUAGCAGGUGAUAAUGAGAUAUCUUUCUUGGUCACUAAACCGGGAAGGAGAGGAAGAAAUAGAGUAACUUGUUAGACUAUUCAUCGAUUCAAUUAUGAAGGCUACGCCGAGGACAAUUUUAUGCCGUGCAUUAACAACCCGGUUUUCUAUAACGGAGCUUUCUACUGCUUAGAUUAUAAUGGUAUGUUAGGAGUUUUUAGUUUGGAAGGUGGUGUCAGUUGGAAAGUACUCUCGAAGUCCUUGAAACAAUUCAGUGGCUUUUAUCCAAGUUAUUUGGUGGAGUGUGAUGAAAAGCUAUUAUUAGUGAAUAUAGGACAGAGUGGAAAAUUGGUAGAGAUUCAUAGAUUGGAUGAUGAGGAGAUGGUUUGGGUUAAACUGAACAGUUUGGGAAAGCGUGCGUUGUUCAUCAACUAUACAUCCAGUUUUUCAGCAGUCGCUCCACGGAGUUGCAUGGAGAACAAUAUCUACUUCCCUAAGUUAUACGCUGAAAAGGUUUUGUACUAUUCUCUUGAUACAUGUAGGUAUCGUUCUGUUGGGAGUCACCAACACUCUUCGCAAGAUUUUCACCGUACAAAGGAAAGAUCAAACUGCACUUGGAUUGAACCUAACUGGUCUCUAGCGAGUAUAUUUAUAGAGUCUGACUUCUCAUGCUUUCCAUUUAAAAGCCAGUACUAGUUGUUUCUCUAUAACUUGUAAUUUUAAUUUGCUUCUCCAUAACUUGUAAUUUUAUUCUAGUUGCUUCUUUGUAACUAGUAAUUUUAAUCUAGUUGCUUCCGUGUAACUUGUAAUUUUAUUC